AUGAAGGAGGAGCUUAUAGAGCUGAAAAUAGAGCGGAAGGAGGAGCUCAAAGAGCUGAAAAUUACCAUCAAAGAAACUCAAGAAACUCACCAUGCUUAUAUAAAAAAAAAGACAAAUAAGAAGGAUGAGGUGAAGGUGGAGGAAGGUGAAGGUGAGGAGAAGGGUGAGCAAAGUGCGGAGGAUGAGGAGAGUGUGGAGGAUGUGAAGGGGGAGGUGAAAGUGGAGGAUGAGGAGAAGGUGGAGGUGGAGGUGGAGGUGAAUGUGAAGGUGGAGGAAAUGGAGGAUGAGAAGCAUGUGGAUGUGGAGGUGGAUGAGGAUCAGGUGGAGGUGGAGGAGCGGAUGGAGGAUGUGAAGGUAGAGGAUAAGGAGAAAGUGGAGGUGAAGGUGGAGGUGGAGGAGUAG